CUUUUUUCUUUAGAUGAAACGGAGCCUUAUGUCUAAUGUUUACAUUACAAAUAGUCUAUUUCAUAUACUAUAAACAAUGGCAGGAUCAAUCAUGAUCAAAGAACAAAAUGAAAAUGAAUUAAUAAAUGAGAUUAAAAAUAAUUUGAGACAACACACAGAGACAACAUUUUCUCGUUAUAGUUCCGAAAUUGACAGAUGGACAUGCUCUUUCUACAUGUACUACAACGAACGAUUUAAUUUUAAGUUAAAAAUGUUAGGCCUGGAGUUGGAGCUAAUAAAUUCGAUUUCUAAUGAAGAAGAAGAAUCGAAGGCGAAAAACAAACAGGUACAACUUCACUCAAUGAAGUCAGUUCAUCAUUACUUUAUUUUUAUCAUAUUCAUUCGUCAUACGUUCUUAUAAUUCAUAAUAAAAAUUGUAAUUAUAAAUAUAAAAUUUAUAUUUCAGUACAUUUAAGUAGGCCUACAUCAUAAUUUGACAUAAAUAUAAUAUAAAUAUAAUAUAAAUACAAUAAUAAUAUGAUUAUGAUACUAUAGUAAUAGUAUUACUCAUUUUAGAAAAGUAAGACCAAAGACUGGUUUAAGUUAAGUAAGAGUAAGUGAAGUGUUGAUUAUAAGAGACGUCCGUUGCCACCAUUGGGACGAGCACAUAUUAACAACAAAGUGGCUAUAGGCAACCGAGUACCCAUCGUAGCCAAUGACUAUUCGCACCCUAAAGUCUUAGUAAUCGAAAAAAAACAUGAUCCGAACCAGAGGCUUAAUAAUCGACAAGUUUGCCGCGCUUUCUUUUAUAAAAAUGGAGGUUGGCAGCAAUUUUGGCACCUAUGCGUCUUUUGAAGACGAAUUGAAUUAUUUUUGUAAAGAACACAAUGUGUGUUUCACUAAAAGAUAGUCAGAGAAGAUGAAAUAUCCCAAUUUGGAACACCUUAAAUAUGAAUUUAUAAUUCACUGUUGCAAACAAGGAGUUAAACCCAAGUCAAAGUCUUCAACGACAACAGGCCAAAGAAAAUCACAAGCGUAAGUAAUAAAGUAAUAAUAAUAGGUUAACUUUAAAUUUAUUUGGACUUGUCAUGUAAUAAUUCUUUCUCCAAGCCAAUGAUUCUUACCACGGUAAAUGUAGAGGACGAAUGCCACUAUUUUAUCGAUGGCCGCAACUAAUGAGUCACUAAUGUAUCCCUAAAUCGAUCCCUAUGCCUAACCUGAACCCUAAAUCGACCCCUCAACAUAACCUAACCCCUAAUUCACUGCAACUAUAAAAAGAAGCAAAUGACGCCGUGGCAUUCGUGCUCUACAUUAGCCCUUAUCACUUGUGGCAAUUCGUUAAGAAUUUUUAUAUUUUUCAGUUCUUUCAAAUUGGGAUGCCAGGCAAAGAUAAAGCUUGUUGCCCAGAGAAAUCCUUCUCGGCUAGAAAUUACCAAAUCAAUGCAUGAACAUACUGGCCAUGAAGUAUCAAAAGAAGUAAGUGCAUGUGCUGCAAAAAAUAUUUAGACAUAAUAAUAAUAAAUAGCAUAUUCUUGUGGCAGGUUGUUUCACCUACAGGGACUCUAGUGCUAUAGAAUUAGAGAUGGAUGCAUUUAAAAGAAUGUUUUGUACCAUUCAUUAACCCAUUCAAUCUAGGGCCCUCAGAAAUUUUAUCAUUGAAAACUUAAGGUUAAGGUUAGGGUUACCUACCACCUUUACCAUAGAAUUAGAAAGGUUUGAAAAAAAUUAAGACCAAUCUAUUUAACAGUAAAAUUAAAUGUAAUAAAUUCUAAAUAGUUCAAUCAGAGUUUUAUAUCUUAAUUGUGAUUAUUGUGACAUAUAAUAAACUUAAAACAUUUAUUCCCAAGGUGAAGGUUAGUUAUUUUUAUGUACACCGCGGUGAGCCCAGCCAUAGGCUGGGGUACCGCACUAUAUAAGACCAAUGUUCCCUCUAAGGUUUGUUGGUUUGUGUGCAAAAUCAUACAGUUAUGUGCAAAGUUUUACAGCAUCAAUUUUUUUGUGUGCAAAAUUUUGCAGUCCAGAAACACAAACACACACUUACAGGGAAAUUUUUUUCCAGAUGUGCCGCUUGUAUCCUGAAAACCGCAAGGUGGAACUAGAUGCGGCAACGCUUCUGUUGAUAUCCUGCACCACGAUUCAGGCAUCUGAGGCCCAGCAAGUGCUUGAAGAGCAGCAUGAUGUGGAUUUGCUUCCCAGGGAUAUUUACAAUAUUAAGUCAAGAAUAAAUAAUCAUCUUCUGAUGCAACUGAAACUCAAUCUAUACUUCAUUCUAUCUAUAUCACAAGCUGGUGGAAGUGUGUCCUAUGAACUAACAAAAAGUGGGGAAUUGAAGUAUUUAUCAUACAUGACUCAUGAUAUGAUUAGAAUUAUUGCCCAAUAUCCAGAGGUUUUAUUAAUGGAUUUCACAUAUAAAACCAAUAAAUAUUUAUAUCCACUUUUGACUGUAAUGGUUAUUGAUGGAGAGGGCAGGGGCAUUCCUGUUCUUCAUGGUUUUGUAAAAAAUGAAGAUAAGGAAUCUAUUUCUCUUUGUUUGCAGCUUCUUCUGAAGAAUUCUGAUGCCAGUCUUUUCACGUGCUUUGUGGUUGACAAAGACAUUGCUGAAAUCUCUGCUAUAAAUGAUCUGAUCCAAAUUGACCUGUUAAUCUAUGUCAUUUUCACAUUAACCCGGCUGUGCACAGGUUUCUUUCAAAACAUGUAGGUCCUGAGCAUGUUAAGCCAAUUCUUGAAGGAUUUAUGUCUCAAGUUUAUACUGAGUUCUACGAUAAUGUUUAAAAUUUUUAAAUAUGUCUAGAAAAUUCUUAUCUUUUGUGAAUAUGCCUUGCUGAAACUAGUUUUGUAAAAUAUUUGUUUUUAAUUUUUUUUUUCACCUUUGCCUGAUAAUUUCACAUUGAAAUGCUUUAAAUUUCAUUUUAUUUAACUCCUAUAUUUCUAAUAUUGCUUAAUUGAAUUUUUUUCUCUUUUUAAAGUGGUCCACUUAGGAUUCCCAUUUAUCUCUGACAUCAAAUGUAUUAUGAGGAAAAGUAUUAUUACCACAUGCUUCAAAUUUGCAAGGUGGUUUCUAUUAUAGUCUCUACAUAAUGAUUAUGAUUGAUCUUAUUUAUUACCGGUACAUGUCUGAUAAAAAAUAUUCAGAAGUUUUUAUCAUCUUAUUUUUAUUUGGGCUAGAGGUAUGUGGGUUGUUGGGAUAAUGCAUUCAUUUAUAUUCUAUCAAUUAUAUCUAUGUUCUUAAAUUGUUAUUUUUAAUUAACGAGUGGAAUGUGUUCAUGAUGUAUGCAUCCAAUGUUGUUUCAGUGUCUUUUUCAGCUUUUAUAGAUAUAGCAUUUUCAUUGUUUUUUCCUGACAUCAAUUGAUGAAUCAGGAGGAAUAGUUUUGGAACUACAUAAUUGAAACUUUGCAUUCUUAUUUAUAUUGAGAUACUUUACUUUAUGAUGGAUUGUUUUUAAACAAAUGUCUCAUAGGAAAAGUUUUCAGAAUGUUUGUAUUUAUAUAUUUUAUUUAUUAGGUUCGUGUGUUAAUUUUUUUUUCUAUCUUUUCUGUCUUGGUUUUCUAAUUGUUUUUUAAAUCAAGAAGGAUAUAUGUACAUGGUGUAUGCAUCCUAUAUCGUUCAUGCAUCCUCUAAUUUUAAAAAACACAAUUUUAUAAUUUUUAUUCAUUUUUAUCAAUUUUACAUUUUUCGGAUUUUUAAGGAAUGCCAAAUGAAUCGGGAGGAAAAGUAUUCUAGCUACAGCCUUCAAACAUUGCAUGCUUCUUUUCAUUGAUAUUCUUCACGAAAUUCAAGAGGCUUUUUUUCUAUAUAUAUCCAACUAGAAAGUUUUAUAACAUUUUUACAUUUGCUACCCCUGAAGAGUUCUCAAAUAUUUAUGUGACCCCCCACAUACAUAACACUUCCAAUAACUGCUGUGUAAUUACUAAUAAUCUUCUUUAAACUUUUUUUCAAUGUUAUUCUUAAUGUGUAUGCCAAGUUUCAUUUACUAUACAGUACAAUAAGUUAGAAUACAAUGCAAUACAAAUUUGUCUUUAUUCAUUUUGCGUAAAGUCAAAAUUGGUAUUAAAUGCUUAAUUUUUUGCAAUAAAAGUCACAACAAAUUUUUUUUAAAAAAAACUUUAGUGUAUUUUUGUCAUUCUGUUUGUGUAUGGUUUGUAUGUACUAUAUUUUUUUCAAUGGCUCUAUUUAUUUAGGUUAUCAGUAUUUUAUUUUCAAUGUGGCAUGACUUAGUUGCCUUGAAACCAAAUUCCCUUCACAGAUCACAUAUAUUAGCUCCCACUCAAUCAUUACGUCUGUACUUAAAUGAAGAAAUGAUACCGUACAAACAAUAGUUAACUGUACGGGUACCAAUAAGGAAGGUGAGAAAGUAAAAGGAGACAAAUGGCAAAGGAAUGAUGUGACCUAAUUGAAUGAGUUUAUUGGCUGCCUACUCCAUACUGGCCCCUAAUUGAUUUUAUGAAUUACUUGAGUACACAACUCAAAUAACAAACAACCAAACAAAAAUGUUCUCAAGUCAGUUAAGGUUUUUUUUUUCUAUUAAAUUUUAAAUUAUGUACCAGUGUGUUAGACCCAGUAGACAGAUAUGGUAAAAAAAAAAAAGACUAGUCCUCCAAAAAUAAGUCUCUUUUUCAUACUCUAUACAAUGGCAUCCUUUAACUUUAAGAUGUUCAUUGCAACUACCUUGUGAAUUAGGUCAAGUCAAAUGAGAAAGGUUGUUGAAAGGAGAUUCAAGAUAUCAGGAAAAACAGUCAGUGUCUGCAUGUGUGACUCCCAGUGCCAAGGAAAAGGUUUAAAAUUGGUGGUUUUGUUCUGACUAAGCCAAGCUCUCUAGAGGAAUAGUUGAAAUUAAUUCAUUAUGAUUGAAAUUUUCAUUAUUUAGAAUACCUAAUUAAUUCAUACAGUACUGUGUGAUUAAAUCUUUUAACUUAAACAAUACACAUAAAUAAUCUUAAAUAAAGGAUUUAAUGUUAAUAAUUAAAUUAAUAUUAUUACUAUUCUAAAAUUAAAAUGAAAACCAGAAAUGUAUCUAAAUGAUCUUCAUUACUAGAUUUUUUUUUAUAAAAUUGAUCUACGAAAAUGGCUUAAACUAAAAAAAGAAAAUAAGAAAGAAAAAAAAUCUACCGGUACUAAGAGAAAUUAACAAAGCAAAAAUUAAAAAAACAACUAAAAAUAAUAAAACUAUGAACCAAUGAAAUAACAAGGAGAAAAAACAAUUUAAAAAAAUAAUUCUCACACUAUAAUUGUUAUCACGCCCGGUCCCGAAGCCAUUUAAUAUGUAUGGAGCCACUCCGGGUGCGAAUAGUUAUCGGCGACGAUAGGUACCCGGGUACCUAUAGAUGCAGCCUAUUAACAAUGUGUACAACCAGGCAAACCAGACCUUAGGCCUAGGGUUCCUAAGGAACUCCAGCAUGAAAGAAAAAACCUAUAAAGCCUUUGUCCAGCCGCUUUUAGAUUAUGCAUCUUCAGUCAAGGACCCAUUCACCCAGAGGAGCAUCGAUAGGUUGGAGGCGGUCCAGCGAAGGGCAGCACGCUUUGUCCUGAACAGCUACAGGAACACCUCAAGUGUUGGCAGCAUGCUGGAAACAUUAUGAUGGUCACCAUUAGAAGAAUGGUGCUGAUUAUUCAGGCUCUCCAUGGUUUUUUAGAUAAAAAAUGGGCUGGUCUACUGCUCCAGCAUUAAACAGACACUCGUCUUUCUCCCCAAUUGACAGUGGCGAGGCCAUGACAGGCAGUUCUGGCUCAUAACAGCAAGAAAACAGUACACGAACUGCUCAUUCCUGCCAAAGACAAUCAAGGACUGGAACAAAAGGAACAGUUGAGAUGACAACUGUUGACACAUUUGCGUCUAUUGCCUCCUGCCUUCCAACCCCCACUUCCUGAUAUCAUUGCUAAGGAGCCCUUGCAACCAGUGAAGUAUCCUCUUCAAAAACAUGCAGAGAAACAUUGCGAACCCCCCUCUAAAACCAUAUGAGCUGGAAUGAUCAAUACAUUGAUGGUGGGCUCUCAAAAUUUAAAUGAAGAUAAAUAGGGGGCCAGACUUAUUUAUUAACUCCACUCACAUUCAGUUCUGAGUUGGCCUACUUUGAUUACUAUAUUAGGGAUCAGUAUUUUAAUAAGCUAUAGUAUAAGUAUAGGCAUAGGCUAUAAAUAUAGUCAACAUUUGAUUGAAAUUAGCCUACAUAGAAUAAUAAUACAGAUGACAAUGAUAAGAUGAGCUUGGUCGCUCGCCCCAAGUCUUGUCAGUUUGACUUAAGUUUUCAUCUGCCUGAACCAUUGAAGUUGGAAUACUUAUCUUGGAUUUAAUAAUUUAAAAAUCAUCUAUCGAUCAACAAAUAGUUUAGUCUUACCAAUUACCUCGUCUUAAGUUGCUGCUGAAAUUUCAUUUACUUCCCCACACUUUUGUGCAAGAUCAUUUUACUAUGUCUAUGAAUGAUGGUGUUACUCUUUUUGUCUUGUGGAAAACCUGAUUUUACAUUCCAUUGCCAAAUAUACAUGGUACAUUUCUUGGUCACAAGAUACAAGUCCAGAUAAACAAACAUUUGGAAAUUUGAUGUCCACACCUUAGUACUCUUCUGAUACUGUAGCUCAUAAAUAAUGCACUAUAUAAGUCAGCUAUUAUUUAACAAUUUUUGCCUUUGCUGUAUACCAGGGGUCUCCAAACCUUUCAGCCCAAGGUCCGCAUUAACUAUCAAACAGCAGUUGGGGGGCCGGCUACACACUCGAGGUCCAAAUAAAAAAGAAUCAAAACAUGGAUGUUGUUUUUAAUUAUUUAUGUAAUAUUAUUUCAUUCAGUUAUUUUUUAAUAACACAUUGAUACACGACACAUGAACACCUGUAUUAGUGGGAAUGGUGAUUGUUUCCUGGAUGCUAAAAUAGUAGUGAUUAGCAGACAUUUUUGGAAAUAGAUUUGAUGUCCAUAGCAUCAACAGUGACCUGAGAUUAUUGUCGGACAAAUUUGUUCUCAAAUUGUUCUUCUCAUAUUUCGUUCUUGAAAAAUGUUUGUUGACACAGGAAUGUUGUUCCAAAGAUUGAAAGGUACAUUGAUGCGAAAGUUUUGAAAUUAGGAAAGUCUAGUUAAAAACCCACCAGUCCUUCUUUUAACUUGUCCCUAAGAAGGACAUUUGCUUGUAACUCGAUGACCUCCAGGUGCAGUUCAUCUGGGCAACUGGCCACAUCUACUUCAAAUGGGUUUUGAAAAAGUCUCACUUCUUCUGCCUUUGAAUCCAAGUCAUAAAACCGCUGCUGAAACUGCAGCUGGAGGUCUUUGAUGAUCUCGCAUGCAAAUGACGUGGAGAACUCCGCUGUUGCUUCAGCCAUGAAGACCCUCCAAUGCUGAAAGUGUGUCAAGUUGUUAGCCUGUACUUGUUCCAAAAAACGGAUUUGGAUCUGAAGGCCUUUAGGUGGGUUUAUAGAUAAGAAACUAGAUUUUCCUCUCCUUGUAGUUUUAAGUUCAGAAAAUUUAAAUGACCAGCUAUGUCUGCAGCAAAGGCCAAUUUCCAUACCCACUCUUCAUCAGACAGUAAUGCCUGUGGGUUGCCUUUACUUUCCAGGAAGUCACCUAUUUCCUUUCUUACAAUGCUCAGAACUUCUUCACAACUUAGCCAUCUUAUUAUGGUAAAUCUUGCGAUUCUGUAUCUGCAUCUUUCAACAGGUCUCUGAAGUGCCUAUGGUUGAGCCCAUGUGACCUUAUUAAAUUAACCCUUUUCACCACAGGAUUCAGUACACUGCCAAUGUCCACAUAUUUAGCUCACAAAGCUUUCUGGUGAAUAAGACAGUGCAGGAACAUUGGUUGCAGAAUUUUUUUCUCACUACACAUCUGUUUCACUUGUCCACCAAGGAUUUCUUUAUGUCACUCAUGUUCUUUCCUUCAUCAGAGUUGGACAACUGAGGUUAGUCCAGUCCAAGUUAUAAUCAGCAAAUGUUUUUUUCAACUCAUUGGAUAUAUCCUCUCCAGUAACAGUUCCGUACAUGCUAUGUAGAGAAGCCAGCUCUUGUGUUAUGUUCAUGUCUUCAUGCACACCUUUAACGAAUACAAGCAUUUGAGAGGUGGAACAGCUGACCAGAGAUUCAUCCAUUGCAAUUAAAAAUUGGCAAAACUUGCUUGCAUUUUUUGCUAUUAGAGUCUCAAUGUUUUCGCCCAUGUCUGCAACACGGCGGGCAAAGCUCCGCCACUAGAUGACGUUAUAUCAUCUCAUUGACUGUGAACGGAAGUAGGAAAACUAAGCAGGGAAUAAUGGUUUUGCAAUUUAGUGAUCGGUUAGAAAACAUAACGCUCUACUGCACGCCUCUAUUUUAAUUCGGUAAAAUCAUAAUGUCAUAAAGUCAUAACCAUAAUGUAAGCGGCGGCUGAUCUUGGCAGGAUGCACGUAAAUUUCCGUAAUUUUUUCCGUAGACAAAAAGGUCUCCACGGGCCGCAUGAGAGGGCUUCGCGGGCCGCAUGUGGCCUGCGGGCCAUAGUUUGGAGACCCUGCUGUAUACAAUCAAUGUAAAAUAUCUAUUCAACAGGCAAAGAUCAGAGACUCGCAUACAGUAGAGAAUUCAAGCAUUUCACAACAUCUUAAAGACAGUUUGAAAUUAAUUACUGAGCUGAGAGGUAUGUCUGGAAUUAAUUACAGUAAUUUUUAAAAAAUUGUACCGGUUAUGUAGAAUAUUGAGAUUUGCAAGUGUAAAAAUUGAAGUUUUAUACUUUUUACAUUAUUUUUACAGAUACAAUAUUUAUUUAUUCUACUAUUUUUAUGUGUUUUACAGUCUGGUUGCCAUCAAAUGAUAAUUUGUUCCUGGAACUUACAAUGUGCUGCAAUUACCUAAUCAUAAGCAUCAUGUUGAAAGUCCUCAGUGUUUCCAACUCAGCAUUUACAUGGUUACCUGAUGAUUUAAUAUCUACAACUCUGGAUAGAGGUCUGAGAUGAUGUUAUAUGUGAAUAAAUAUUGCUAUUAAUGCUGACUGCAUUAGAGACUUAAAUUAUAACAAGGAAGUGUUUGUUGAAUUUUAUCAUACAAUGUGAUGAAUUUAAUAUACAUUGGAAUCUUCAAAUGAUUUAUUUGGGUCAUAGUAUUCAACCCUUUUAAGCUGCUUAUUAAUCAUCUAACUUAUUUCCUCAUCAAUACUUGAAUAACAUUACACCAUGUUGGCCUACACCAAGGUUUAGGUCACAAGCAUACACUUUUAAAGUGACUUAUAUUUUAUUUUAAUUUAAAUAUUCUUAUGCUUUCAAUAUGUAUUUACAUGAUCAAAUACUUUAACUUCUAAUAAAUUAUUAUUGUUGGCUUCAAGGAAUAAAUUACACUCAUAUUCCUUUAGUUAUUUCAAAGUAAUCUUUUGUUUGGGUGCAUAAUUAGUUUCAUUCACAUUGUACUUGUAUAUGACUCUGGUAUUAUUUUAACAAAGAUAAUGGCUCAACAUGCCUUUUGACCUAGUGCUGAUUUAAAUUCAAUAUGAAAUUUACCAUUUCAUUUUAAAAGUGCUUGUAUAAAAGGAAUAUCACACUUUAUAUAAUAUUUAAAUGUAAAAAAGAAUGUAUACUUUUAUUCCAAAAAGAUCUUCUAUGUAUCUCCUUUUUGAAAGGUCAUUACUAGUUUUUAAAUAAUAUUAAAUAUAUUUAUGUAUACUUUUUAAAUUUUUUAUAAUUUGUUAAAUGUCUCAAGAAUAUUUCUAGUUUGUAACAUGUGAUUUAUUCUAAUCUGUCAGUUUUAAAGUUGGCAAGCCAAGGUGAGAAAAAAACUCUUUGCGACACAAAUUCAAGUAUUGAGACAAAAUUUAUAAAACUUUCUGAGACCUUAAAGGAUCCUUUAAAUAAAUUCAAAUGUAAGUUUUAGACUAAUUUUUUACUGAUAAAUAUUGUAUUCUAAAUACCAUUUUUGAGAUUUAAUGAAGAAAAAAAAGUAUUAAUUUUACUUGCACUUCAGAAUUCUGGUAUAAAAGAUUUCACAAUUCAGGAAGUUUUCUUUUUACACAGACAACUCAAAAUAAUUGCAAACAAAAGUCUGAUGUACUAGGUUUCUUAAUUCAGAGUCGGUGUUCCCUUAUUUAUUCCAUGAAAAUAUUAUCAGGGUUCAAUCAACCUGUAAAAAACACAUUUUCUUCUUCUUUAUGAUUGUCAAACAAAUAUUAAAUAUUUUGGAAUACAUAUGAUACACCAAACUGCAAAGGGGUCUAUAGCACAAGCAUUUUUACAAAGUUCUUGACCAGUUUUGACAUUAACAUGGUGGGGCCGAAGACCAAAAAUGAUAUGUUUCAUGUCAAUUUGUAGAAAAGCUUGAUGAAUAUUUUUAAAAUAUAUUCUUCCCAGUGCUCUCAAUUCUUGGACGCUUGCUGAUCUUGAGUAGCCUGUGGUGUCUCUACAGAAAGCAGCAAAAUAAUGAGCAUAAAAUAAAAGAAGCCUUGUGUAUUCUUGUUUCCCUGAAGGAGCUGCUGCCUCAGUCAACCAUGCACGUCAGUAAAUCUGAAUACACUUUUCAUCAGGGUUUAUCUUUGUUUUGGUUUUAUAUAAAAUACAUAACUAUAAUCAGUAUAUUAGUCUUUUAAAUUUAAAUAUAUAUAUAUAUAUGAUAUAUUUUUCCUGCCCUUCCUAUCUAACCGAAUUUCUUUCUGUCUAUUCACCCCUUCGACAGCUUCGCUCCUCUGCAGACAAGCGUAUUCUGUCCAUUCCCAAGACACACACUAAAACAUCUGGUGAACGAUCUUUCUUUUUCUGCGCCCCCAAAUAAUGGAAUUCUUUGCCACUACACAUCCGCAAUAUACCAACCACCCAGGCAUUCAAAACUGCACUCAAAACACAUCACUUUAAACUAUACUACCCUGACUGAUUCCCCUCCUCUGACGGAAUAAAUGAUCUUGUUGGCUGCCAUCCAUGGUUUGCCUUGUAAAAGUCCUGGGUUUCAUGCUGUUCUUUAUUUCAUAAUUGUAUUUUAUUUUAUUUUAAUAUCAUGAUUAUGUCUCUUUUGAUAAUAUUUUAUGUACAGCGCGAUGAGCCCAGCCCUAGGCUGGGGUACCGCCCUAUAAAAGACCACUAAUUAUUAUUAUUAUGUAUUUUCAUUGGCUGUUCCAGAAAAAACAAUAACUGGGGAAGGUGGGGGGAAAAAACUCUCAGUGAAAUCUCCCUAAACAUGACACAUAAUAGGCUGGCAUAGCAAGAUUAUAUACCCAGAGUCAACAAAAGGUUGGGGAAAGGGGUAGUCACAAAUAGUUACAAAUAUAAACAUUUUGAUUAGAUCAUAUAUAAAGCUAAAUAAAUUUUGGGUGAAAUCUUGCUUUGUGCAUUUUACUUGCCACUGUGGCCUAAUAAUGUUUUGAUCCAUAAAAAAAGAAUGAUUUAUAUUAACUCAUUUUCUUCAUUACAAUUCAGAGAUUUGCUCAAGACUUGCUUACUAAUGUUCUAUUACUUAAUGUUUAUUCCUUUGGUUUGCAAGUAAGCCUGUAUAUCUUUCAUGUGUAUGAAUCCACAUUUCUAUAAGCUAAAUUAGGUUAUGAAAAAAAAAAUUAUUUUAGUAUUUUUAGUGUUGUGUUGAAUUUGAAAUGGACUGAAAAUGCCUUCAUAUUAUGAAUUCAGAUAUGGAAUUAAUUUUAUCAUUUUGAUAAAAUCAUUUUGCUUUUUUAAAAAGACUUAGGGGUAGAAUUAUUAUUUUUUUUAUUUCAACAAAAUUUAAUUGAAUAUACAGAGUGAAUAAAUCUUUGCUCUAGGAAUGGCUGCUUCUUCAACAUGAUCUGAUUUUAUGCAAGAUUCCUGAUGGCAACAGUGUGGAGGAUUGUCCUAGUGUUGAUGAUAUUACUAAGCUUGUACUAGCUUCAUGCAAACUUAGUAAAGAUGACACCACACUAAAGUAUGACAAGUGGGAGUGGCUGCACACAGUUUGUAUUUGUAAGAAUUGUUGAAGCUGCCAGGACUUGGGCUAUUAAUGGCCCGGCCCUUAACUGUUGAUAGUAUUUAAUUAUAUGAAAUUCUUCAUUAUUAUCUUUAAUUUGAAAAAAUAUAAAAACAUGACAAUUUGUAUUUCGAAAAAUUUCUUUUAGGCUUUUAUAAAAAUAUAAAAUCAAUUAAUUAAUUCUCUAUGUAUGAAGAAAAGUAUGUAGCAAUUGUGAGCUCAAUAACUUGCAAACUAAAAUUCUCAAAGCUGCACUAAAUGAGAUUCUUAAAAAAUAGCCUGUGCAUUUGGUGCAUAAUAUUUUAUUUUGUUUUAUGGAAAUAUUCUAAAUUUAAAUAGGAUGUAAUAAAUAUGUAGAGUAAAAGAGGGGGGGGGGGGGGAAUUAAAAUAUUAAUUUUUUUGGUGGCAUACCGGGUUUGGGGGGGUGGGGGGUCACUAAUUGGGAUUCUUAUAACGUGCAUUACUUUAAUGCAUGUUUUGUCAAGUAAUUUUAGUAGGUGGGAAUUUCAUGUAUUGCCUCUGCCAAUGUUUGGCAAGAUAUAACUAAUAGAUAAAAUAAAACUCCAUUCAACUUACCGGUACCUGAAAGAAAAAUAUUUAUUAUUGUUACAAUUUUUACCAAGGCCAAAACUUAAUAGAAGAGAAGAAAUAUUCCCUGGCAAUGCAGAGGAUUUUGGCUACACUGAACACAAUGUUGGAUCCAGGACCCAGAUCUACACUUUUAUGUUUGAUGGCUGAGUGUCAUUCAUUAGAGGUCAGUUGCACUUUAACAUACUGGGUACAAUUUAAACAAACAAGUUAAGAGGAGUUUUGGGUGUUUGUACUGUAUCACUAUAUUAUCAGUUUGUCAUAGAUGAAACACAGCAUUUGGAAUUUAUACCCAUCUGUAUUUAUUUACUGUAUUUUACUUGUCAGGCCCAUCAUCAGUUGGCUUUACUGACCUACAAAGAAGCUUUAAAUGUCAACAGAGAGAACUGUUAUAUAUUUUAUCUAAUGGCAUCUGUUUAUCGGACAUUAGGUCUUGAAGAAUAUGAACUAGAAUCUCUGAAUUUACUUGUCAAGGUAAACAAUUUGUUUAAAAUAUCCUUUUUUCUUACAAUAUAUUUUCUUUUUUAAACUUAUUUUUUAAAUUUUAUUUCCUAGUAAUAAAAAAUCAAACGCUAAAAAUAAAAAAAAUAAAAAAGUUUUAUUCACAUUCUGUAGUUUCACAGUAGUUAAUCAUAUAGCACAUUUAGUAAUUCCCAUAGCCACAUACACCUUUAUCCCAGUAAAAUAGGUAGUUAUACACACACAAAAAUUGAAAAGCUAGGUAAUGGAAGAAGUAAUUUAUUUCAUAUUUUCAAGAUGGAUUAGUAAAUGAAUGCAACUACUAUUUUUAUUACUGUACAUAAACAGAUAAUAUUUAAUAAAGUUGUAAGCUGUAAGUCACUUUCAUAUUAAACAUCUUUGUAUACCGUACAGAUGUAUCCAAGACACAUUUAGAUCGAUCUCAAUACACGAUAGUGUAUUUACAUAGAUACAUCACUCGUGGUUAACAAAGAAUUGUAUGUUUUAAUUCUUCUAAAUUUAGUCUGAACAUAGAUUUUAACCACCUCUUAAAUAGAUUGCUUUAAAAUAACCUUGAUUUGACUCAUUCUCCACUUGUUAUCCCUUAAGAGUUGUUUUCUGACUUUAGGUUCUGAUGGAUCAACAUCUGGGACCACGUUUUCCUGUAAAUGGAUUUGAUCAAAUGGUUGCUUGUGUGUUUGACAUACUGCCAGAAGUAUCACUCCUCAAUGCUAUGCAUCACUUUGCCAAACGUUGUUAUCAACUUCAAAAGUAAAGUGGCAUUAUUGUUAACCUCCAACCUUAUGCUUGUCUUUUUCCUCUGUCUUCCUGCAUCCAUUUUUAUUAAUUUGGCUGCAGAUAAAGACUCUCUACUGUUGUUUUUUUUCUGUUGUUCAUAAAUUGUGCUUCUCAAACCUGCAUACACAUUUAUAUAUAGUGAAAAAGUCUAUUUUAUAUCAGCAAGUUUGAAAUGAAUUCAAAGGUGCCAAAAAUAGCAUUUAGGAUAAGAGUUUCAUUUGCUUGUUGUUCUUGUUUAGAUGUCAUAAAUGGGUGAAAGGUGUUUCAACAUCAAUUUCUCUCUUUGUUCACAGGUACAAAGAGUCGGAGGAGCAGUAUUUUGCAUUGUUGCGCUUUUUAGAACACACAGAUUUAAAUUCUAAUGUUUGUAAAAAGAAAAUGUUUUAUGUAUGCUUUUUUUGUUUUGUUUUCUUUUAAAUUUGAGAUAGUAAUUAAAACUAUAACAUAGCAAGCUGGAAACCAUUAAUUUUAAUAAAUAUAUAUAUAUUUUGUAAAUACUUAAAUUCAAAAAAAAAUUUUUUUAAAAUAUUCUUAUUUAUGAAUCUCAUUAAUUUUAUAUACUAUUAUUUAAAAUAUGGAAAUGAUUCAUCUCAUUUGAAAAAGUUUGAAACUGAAUCACUUUUUUUUUGAGGUUCAAAUAUUUUUGUUGACAGGUAUCAAACAGUGUUAAUGGUCAUUUGGAUGUUUGCGAUAUUGUGGUGGAAACAGCAGAAGCUCUUGUAAUGUCUCACAAACAUUCCGAGUGCAUCUCUUUCUGUGAUAAGUUCUACCCUUGUUUCAUCACAGACUCCAGUCACUGCCAGAUGGCUCACAGCUUAGCACAGGAAGCUUUGGGGAAUAACUCUGAUAGUGUUUUUAAACAAGCUGAUGAUUAUAGUAAUAGUUCUCAACCCAGUCUCUUUAGUUCAUCACAAAACUCUGAUGUGCCGAAUUCUAGCUUUGAUAAAAUAUCAGAAAAUAUGGAUAAAGCUCCACCUGAAAUAUUAAAGGAUUAUGCAUUAACUCCAGGAUUUGUUGAUAAAUUGUGUAAAAUAUCAAGGAAAAGAGUGAGAUCUGUAUCAGUUAACACUGGGCCAGGUGAAAUAGAUGAUCCCCUAGGUUCAGAUCUGUUUGCAUCACAGACAGCUGCCAUAAGACUUCUUUUGGCCAAAACAGAUGCUCUGGUGGUUACUGAGGGCUAUACAGAUGUAACUAUGGCCUGUUUACUUAAGUGAGUGCUGUCUUUUAUUCAAGUUGGAUUCUAUACUUUUAUAUUUAUUAAUUUUAAAACAAAAACUCCAACUCAUGGGCUUCAAGACAUAAUUUCUACUGUUCUUCAUUGACAUUGUGCUGUAAAUAAAAAACUUGAUUGACAUGAUGAGUGUUCAAUGCUACAUUCAACUUAUCUUGUUUUUUGUGUGUUUUUUUUAGAGCAUACAACCUGCUUUCAAGCUCAAACAAGUGUGACAUCAAAUCUGACACUGAACCUGUAGACCAUGCUACAGAAGAGCCUUUACAGAAACGAAGACGUCUUGGCGAAGAAGCAGAUAUUCUGAACAAGUCUAAAACUACAUUCUCUGAUGAAACACAAGAUGUAUUUUGUUUAUGUAAAAACUCAACCUGGUCACAGCUUAUGGUCAGUCUUUGUGUCAGGAUGGCCAAAGUUUCAUUGAAGAGAAAGCAGUAUUUAUCAGUUAUAAACUGUUGUCAACUAAUUUUGCAAUUGGAACCAGGUAGAUGUAGUUUUGUCAUCUAUAUAAAUAUUAGUCUCUGAACAUUAUAAAAAAUUCAAUCACUGUUCAUUUACAGUUUUUUUUAAUGUCAUCAAAAUAAUUUAUAGCCCACAACAAGUCAAAUUUGAUUGAUUUGUUCGGAGAAAUGUCAGAUAGUAUCACAAAUUUUCUGUCAAUUUAACGUGUUUAAGUCAGGCAUAGGCAAAUGCAAUAAAUGAAACUAACCACAUCAGAUUAGGUUGAUCUCAUGUGACUGAAAGUUGCACUCCAUAAAAUUAGGAAAAAAGAAUCUUCUUGAGAAAUAUAAAAUUAGAUAUAGUCGUUUAUAUUUUCUUCUAAAUGAUUGAUGAAUUUUUAUAUUAUUUUUACUUUUACCGUAUGUUACUUGUAUAGUAUGUUACUAUUAAAAAAAUUUGAUGAAAUCUUUAGGAAAUAGAGUAUAUUCUAAAACAUGAAUGGCAUUAACACCUUUAACAAUGAUUUAAUAUUAUUUCAGAAUAUGUUUUUUGGUCACUUGUAGGGUGCAAAAUAUUCAUUAUUUUUUUUUACAAAACUGGUUCUGUAAAAACAUUCUUGAAAAAGAACAGGUUUCAAAAUUAUCACUAUCAGGGAUACAUUAUUUGACAUAAUUUGAUAAGUUAUUCAUCUCUGAAUCUAUUGAUUUACAAUAUGUUGGUAUAGAAAAUGGUACUAAACAGAGUAACAAAACUAGAAAGAAAAAAAUAUUUUAGGGGGUACGCUCUAUUGCAACUAAAAAUAAUUAAUGGUGACAAACAUGUCAAAAAUUCUUAAGAACUUCAAAAUUUCUGUCUUCCUAUUUUAUCCUUUCUACAGACAAUAUUCAUGCUAAUUAUUUAAGAACUCUUGUGCUGAGAGAUCAGAGCAGUAGCCAGAAGGAGCAAGUUUCAAGAAAAUGGCUUGAAGGGAGGGGACUCAACCUUAACACAUCUAAAAAGGAACUACAGGAUUUGAUUGAUUUAAAGCAGAGAGAAAUCAAGUAAUGAGUUAAUGUAUUGUAAUUACUGCCCUUGUAAUUAUACUAAUUGGGAGAUGUUUUACAGUUAAUUAGUUUGAAUUCAAUAAUUAAACUCAUUGUUUAAAAUGCUGUGCAUGCCAUUAUACAUAAUUGUAAAGAUGAAAAUAAGGAAAUGAAAAAAGUUUACUAAUAAAAAUUGAAUGUAAUUAACCUCUUUAUUUUGCAUUUAAACACAAGAUUAAAGUUUUAAGAAAUCUGACCUUUUUUUUUAAUUUAUGUUUUUCUAAAUGCAUUCAUAUUUAAUCCAAGCCUAGUAAUUAUUUCAUUUUUCUCAGGAAAUUACAAAGUGGAAGAGCAACAUCAAGCUAUGGAUGGUAUUUAUCACACAAAGAUCUUCUCCUGUCUUUGGAUGUAACCUGUUUAAAAGAUGUUAAAGACCUCGUAGUAAAGUGAUAGACUUCAAAACAUUAUCUCAUUUUACUGAGUGCCUACCAAACACAGACAUUUAUCUCUGCCAUAUAGUUUGAAGAAUUAUCAAACCUUGUUUUUUGAGAUAUUCUCAUGCACCACAAUAUUAAAUGUGAUGAUAGUGUUAGAAUAUUUUUUGGUUUAUCCAGAGCUUGUGAAAUGAUUCACCUUGAUUUAUCCAGAGCUUGUGAAACAAUGCAGCCUGAUUUCUUGAGCACAGCAUCAAAACAGGAAAUUAUUCCACAGUGGAAUGGUGAUCUAUUUCCCUUUUGAAGUUUUCCAUACAUUAUUAUUUGACCCAUCAUUUCUACAACUUGUAUUAUUUAUAAAUUUCUUGAAAGGAUAUCUAUCUCUGAAGGGGAGAUCUAGAUCAACUAAGGCAGCUUAUACCAUUAACACAGUUAAAGCUUAUAUCACUAACUGAUUUAAUUCUUAUAUCAUUAACUGAAUUAAUUUCCCACUUGAUAGUAAAAUAUGUUGAGACAACCAUCAGGAUCAUUAUUUUAAAUCAAAGAGACAGACAUGAAUAAUAUGGAUUAUUGAAUGAAUUGAUCUUUGGUCCCUGAUUUGACAGGACAGUUCCAAAAUUGUUUAUUAGUCCAUAUAUAUAUUUUUGUGUUCAAUACAUUUGGAUUGUAGACGAGAAGACUUUGAUUAUGAACAUUAAAAAAUCUGCACAAUUUUGAA